UCAAUGGGCCACGCGGACCUCAUACUAUUAACCAAAAACCACCAUAAUAAACGACUAAGGAAAUAUUUAGUUAGGCUGAAACAAUGUUAUUCAAAUUCGGUGUAACUCCAGAGUCUUCGGAUGUAGAGGUCUUUGUUUUGGGUUCGCGAACGGAAAUGGGCAGCUGGGAUCCGAGCGGAGCGGUUGAGAUGAGAGCCUCCCAGAAGCUCCCGUCAACCCAUGAACCGUGUCUGUGGAUCGGCGACGUGCAGCUGGCAGAGCCGUUCAAAGACACACUGUGGUUCAAGUUCGUCAAAAGACUCCGAGGCACUUAUAUCUGGGAAGGCAACGGUCCAAGCCAUGACAGAUGUUGUUCUUAUGAUGAGAGGAACAUGGUGGAUGGAGUGUACUGCCAUCCGAUUGGUCACUGGAUAGAGGAAACAGGACACACAGAUGAGAUGAAACACACCACCAACUUUUACUUUAGUGUGGCUGAUCAGAAGGCCAUUCAUUUCUCCAGGGUGCUGCCACGGAUUUGGCUGGGCAGCUGCCCUCGACAGGUGGAACAUGUGACUAUAAAGAUGAAGCAUGAAUUGGGGAUUACUGCAGUGAUGAACUUCCAGACAGAGUGGGAUGUGUUGAACAACUCCAAUGGCUGCAGGUGCAACCCUAGGGAAGCCAUGACCCCAGAGACCAUGAUGCAUUUGUACAAAGACUGUGGCCUUGUGUAUGUGUGGAUACCCACACCUGACAUGAGCACUGAUGGUCGGAUCCGGAUGCUUCCCCAAGCUGUAUUCCUGCUUCAUGGUCUCUUGGAGAAUGGUCACACUGUCUAUGUUCACUGUAACGCUGGAGUAGGCAGGUCGACGGCAGCUGUGUGUGGCCUGCUUAUGUACGUUUUUGGCUGGAGCCUGAGGAAGGUGCAGUACUUUGUUGCAGCCAGAAGGCCAGCAGUGUACAUAGAUGAGGAGGCUUUAGUCCAGGCUCAGGCAGACUUCAUUCAGAAGUUUGGACAACUCCGAUCAUCCAUCUCUUACCCAGAGACAUGAAACAUUGAGUGUCCUAAUAAUAAAGUCUUACACUUAUGGAAAGCUUUACUGGAAUUGACUCCUUUAAACUACAAUGAUUCAUGACAGUGUGUGAAAAAAGAAUGCUGUAUAGUCCGUGUGAGAGGUGCCAGAAGGUGAAAUAAGCUGUGGCAAGAAAAUUAACUUCUUUCUACUUAAAUCUAAUGUAAGUAAAUUACCCACUUCAGCUGAGUGGCUUUCGAAAUCUGGUUGAGCCCCAAAUAUCUGGAGAGAGUUCCACUGGCUGACAGCAUAGAUGUUCCAAGCAAUUAAUCCUACUGUGAUGUAUUAGCUUUUUUUACUUCAAGAUGUACCCUCUGCAAUUUAGCACACACAGUUGCAAAUUGUGCACUUGAAGUCAGCUUUAGGACACUAUUAGUUGUUUUCAGUAAAAGUCAUUAAGGGGGCUCGGAAAGACCUGUUCGUUUAGCCUAUUUUCUAAUAAUCAAUUAGUUGACAUUUUGAGAAAGCAACUUUAAGCUGUUAAACAGCUAUGAAUGACAAUGAAUAACAGCAAAGACAUAUAUACAGUAUGUCACCAUACUACCUAUACCGCUGCUUGUUUUCAUCCUAAAUGCUGUGCUGCUUAACAAAGGAUUAUUUCACAGUUGCUAUUGCAUAAUUAUUAGGGCUGUGUAACAAUAAACCACCAGGUGAGUUCUAUUCAGUAUAAUAUAUUUUUUUGAUUGAUUUCGAUAUUGAUCAAUCCAAAACCAAAGAUUCUUUUGUACCUUAAAGUAAUGUUACCAAAAUCAUUUCAGUGAUUCAUCAACUCGUAACUGGGUGAACG